AUGCCUAAAUCAGCUGGUGAUCCCACAGCUCCGGGGCUUCUUUGCUCACAUGGAAGCCGCAACGGGUGAUACCUCUGUAUAAAAUUAUUCUGUGCGUCUUGCAGAUUAGAAGGGCGAAGAGGUUCCUUUCACCAAGUUUCGUUCAUUGGCAAAAACUCUAUGCUGGUCCGAAUACUUUGACUUCUCCCGUUUAAGCAUGCCUGUUCGAAUGGUGUAGGCCCCUAUGCCUGGGUGCAGCACGCCCCUGGAGAGCCAACACCAAGCAGCCAACCUAACAGAGGUAGUAUAAAGGCUAGAGGAAGGAAGGCGAAGAAGCGGAUCAAACAGGUCAAGGCAUUUAUACUGGUGAGUAUCCUUGGGUGAUGUGGUUGCUUUUUGUCCUAAGAAAAUCAGUGCGGCCGCCCACUGUUGCAUUGAUGAGCUUCAUCUUCAAAUUUCUUGUUCAUCCCGUUUGACAUAGCUUUGCCAUGCUUUCUUUGGUCACUUGAGAACCCGAUAAUUUUUCUUGCCCAGCCGUGCCUUUGCAAUCCGUGGUUGCUUCGGUCUUCGACUUGUUUUUCAAUUACUGCCGCCGUGGUAAAUACUUUAUUAUGAGGAAGAACGCAAUCCAUUCAUGAUGAUUUGGAUGCCAUGCUGAAGUGGAGACAUGGCGAAGAAGAUGGUGAUAGGUGGAAAGAAAGUCGUCUUUACUAAGCUGUGAGAAAUAGCGAGGACUCCUGGUGGGCAUCCAGUAGGCCUCUCUCUUCUCAUGGAGAACCCACCGCUGCUCCCCAUUCGUCUCUCUAGGGUUUGGUGCUUGGUGUCGGAAGUUUGUUUUAUUCUCGUUGUUGGUUCCCAUGCUCGCUUCCUCUUCCCCUUGUUGAAGCUUUGGUUGAAACCGAUCAUAGACAUGUUUUGACAUUCAUGUCAACAGUCGGAGAAGAAGAAGCGCCAGGCUCAAUACACGGAGUCCAGAAAGAAGAAGAACAUGGAAAAGAUAGAGAGGAAGAUGGCUGCAGUUGCCAGGGAGAAGGCGUGGGCUCAGAGACUGGUUGAACUCCAGCAGCUGGAGGCCGCGAAGAGGUCGGCCAUGGCAUCGUGAUGUACCGACCGGGCUGUGCCUUCAUUCCUGGGUAGCAUCUCGACGAGCGUCCGGAGCUCCAAACUGGAUAGAGAACUGGUCAUGUUUCUUGCCAUUGUUCUAAUUCCUGCUCUUUCUCUCUCUACUGGUAAGAGUCCUCGUGGCCUGGUCGAGUGGUGUUCCUUUUCACGGAGGCAGGGUCGUCAGAUCUUUUAUUCCGUUUGCCGGAUCGAGGGAGGAGUGAAUGCGAGAACCCGCGAACAGAGCGAUCAGAAGCAGUCUCUCCGACGAUCAGGAAAAUUUGUUGAAACUUGUAGUGGUAGGGAGAACGCUCACAGUUCUUCGAUUCAAAACAUGGGAUUCAUGGCGUAAUCUACAGGAGGUUUCGUGGCGGCUAAUAGAGCUGGUCCUUGCGGUCGUACCACCAGCGCCACCAGUAGUAGUCCCAGCGGGGGCGGACCUUCGACAUGCGGUUCUCGCCGAGGGGGAAGUCGGCGCCGGAGCGGCGGGCGUUGCGGAAGGCGCAGCAGCCGACGGAGUAGACGCCCACCAGGAAGGCCAACACCACCACGUUCAGCACCGUUACCUUGUGCCAGUCCCGCCUCACCUGCUCCAGCACGCCGGCUCUGCAGGAAUCGCACUCGUAGCACAGCACCGCCGCCUCGUUGCUCCACCGGUAGCAGUCCCCGUCUUGCGCCGCCGCGCUGGCUCCCUCCCCGUACUGGCACGACGUCGGCGGCUUGCAGCACCCCGACUGAACUCCGCCCACGGAGCGGUCGGCGGCACCCGUCAGGACCCACAAAGAAGACGAGGAGAAGAAGAAGAGAGAUGGCGGACCUGGACGGGGGAGAGAUUGCGCUCCAUGUAGUCGAGAGGGGUCCAGGAGGCGACCAUGGCGCAGGCCUUGGAGGAGACGAUGCAGCUACGGAAGGCGAGCCAGCUCCCGGAGUCGGUAACGCGGGAACGGAGCCAUGGGUGGUAGUCUUGGAGGUGGUACUCGCGGUAGACCCGGCCGGGGACCUGGGUGCCGCCGCCGCGGCUGGUCACGGCGAACCCGAAGACAGUGAGGCCGAGGAGGACGCCGAUGAGGAGGAGCAUGACGCAGAGGUAGAGCCAGAGCGCCCACGCGAUGUUGAAGCAGGCGCCGACGAAGCCGGCCAGGGAGACGAGGAGGACGACGAAGCCGACCACCAGCAGCGGCGUCUGGAGGAACCGCUCGCAGGUGGCGCUGCUGCGGGCCAUCCAGAGGCCCCCGCCGAUGAUGGGGAUGGCCGCCAGCAUCGUCAGAAGGUUCAGGUACCCGAUCACCGUGUUACUGAACCGGUAAUACAUCCUGAACGCCGCCUCUCCGUUCCUCUUCCAACCCUGCUCCACUGA